AGCGCGCACAGGGAAUGAGCGCUCUCUCUCUCGCUCUCUCUGUCUGUCUGUGUGUGUGAUUGUGAAGAUGGGAGCUGUGUCUCUGUCUCUGUCUCCGCUUCUCCUCUGCUUCUGGCUCGUUUUUCCGCUCUGCACGACCCAGAAAGCCAAAGACAGGAAGACUGUGGGCGCGAGAGACACCGAAUUCGUGGACAAGUACAGCGUGUGUGCACAGGGUCCUCCUGGAGUGCAGGGGCGUGAUGGUAAUCCGGGCGUGAACGGCAUUCCUGGUACCCCGGGAAUCCCCGGCCGUGACGGGGCGAAGGGGGAGAAGGGCGAGUGUGUGAUGGAGAGAUACGAGGAACCGUGGAAGCCGAACUACAAGCAGUGUGCGUGGAGCGCUCUUAACUACGGCAUCGACCUCGGCAAGAUCGCUGACUGCACGUUCACUAAGCUGCGUUCGGACAGCGCCCUGCGAGUGCUCUUCAGCGGCUCGCUCCGGCUCAAGUGUAAGACGGCCUGCUGCGGCCGCUGGUACUUCACCUUUAACGGUGCCGAGUGCGCAGGGCCCUUACCCAUCGAGUCCAUCAUCUACCUGGACCAGGGCAGUCCAGAGUUCAACUCCACCAUCAACAUGCACCGCACGUCCACAGUGGAGGGCCUGUGUGAAGGUAUCAGCGCUGGUCUAGUGGACGUGGGGAUUUGGGUCGGGACCUGCGCCGAUUACCCGCGCGGAGACGCCUCCACGGGCUGGAACUCCGUAUCCAGGAUGAUCAUCGAAGAGCUUCCCAAAUAAUCCCCGCACCCCGUCUCUGGUCUGCUGUCAGAAAUACACAGCUGGAGAACAUCCUCCAUCGCCGUACUCCUCCAACGUUUACUUUUUAUCAGUGUUAAACAAGAAUCAUCUCCACACACUUGUGACCCUCCACACACACUCACACACACACACACACACACACACACACACAGAGACGCAUGUGCGCAGGAAUCCCGGAGCUAUGAGGAGGCAUCGCUAUAUACAGUAUCAAAACAUCUGUAUUAAAAAGAGGUGUUUCUUAUUGUCCAGAGAGAAUUAUAAUCCGGAAAAUAUUUAAUCUGUUUAUACGCCUAGUUAUUCUUAUGUAUUUGUGCAGGGUGUGUCUCGCUGAGACUGGUGGGCGUGUCUUGAGCUGGAAGACACACCCACCAGACCUUUCUGAGUAGUACUCAACUUCUUUUUUCCUACUUGAAUGCUUCCAGAUGUGGACUCAGUCCCACACACACACACACACAUCUUAUUUUUCAAUCAAAUAAAUGAGACGGUUUUA